AUGGAGCCAGAAGCCUUAGAAAUUUGCCCUUACAACCCUCACCACCGAAUCCCACUCAGCCGAUUUCAAUACCACCUGGCAUCUUGCAGGAGAAAGAACCCCAAGAAAGCCAAAAAGAUGGCCAGCUGCAAAUACAAUGCCUGCCACGUGGUUCCCAUCAAAAAGCUGCAGGAACAUGAGGCCACCUGUGUGAACAGAAGCAGUGUGGAGGAAGAUGACACCUUGAACCCUCUGAAAGUUAGUCUUCCAAGUUCAGAGCAGAAUGGAAACACCCCUCAGGCUUCCUCCUGGCUUCCCAACCCCGAUAUCUGGAAUGUUGAUGGUGCUAACUGCCACCCCAUGUUUGUCCUUAAGACUUUUGUUCCCCAAAAGCUUGUUUGUGAAAGCGACACAAGAGAGUCAGAGAGAGAGGAGACACCAUCCCUAACUACCACCCAGAAAACUCUCAGGCCAGGAGAGUGA